AUGUUUAUUGGCGGUCUCAACUGGGAAACAACUGACCAAUCUCUAAAGGACUACUUUUCCCAGUUCGGAGAGGUACAGGAAUGCACCGUGAUGCGGGACAGCGCUACAGGGCGCUCUAGGGGUUUUGGUUUUUUAACUUUUAGAGACCCUAAGACCGUCAAUACUGUCAUGGUCAAGGAGCAUUACUUGGAUGGAAAAAUCAUCGAUCCGAAGCGUGCAAUCCCUCGUGACGAACAAGAAAAGACAAGCAAAAUCUUCGUUGGUGGCGUCAGCCAAGAAGCUAACGAGCAAGACUUCAAACAAUUUUUUAUGCAAUUCGGUCGUGUGGUCGAUGCUACUUUGAUGAUUGAUAAAGACACUGGUCGGCCUCGCGGCUUUGGCUUUGUGACGUUUGACAGCGAAGCUGCCGUUGAAGCGGCACUAUCGCGUCCUUUAGAGAUACUGGGUAAACCUAUUGAGGUCAAGAAAGCUCAACCACGUGGUAAUUUGCGGGAUGAAGAGGAUCGCAGGAACCGCCGUGGUAGAGACGGUUUCCGUGAGGGUGCUCAAAUUGGCAGCGAUGGUUCUCAACAACAAGGCUCUCAAGGACCGGCCGGUAUGCCUGGUGGCUUGACUCCACAGAUGAUGGCGCAGUAUUGGCAAAGGAUGCAGCAAUAUUUCGCUUUAAUGCAGCAACAGAUGGCCGUUGCCGCUCAGGGUCAAGGCAUGGGCGCAAUGGGCAUGGGUGGAAUGAACCCAGCUAUGAUGCAACAAAUGCAGAUGAAGCAGAUGCAACAGAUGCAAAUGGGCAAUAGUCAACAACAGGGAAGCAUGAGUCCUCCAUCUCAAAGUCAGACGCCUCAAAUGCAGAAUAUGAUGAAUUCCACCAUGAUGCAGCAGAUGCAGCAGAUGCAAAACCAAGGUCAAGGAGGACAGAUGGGGAAUGCUAUCAACAUAGGGAGCAGUAGUCCCGGAAACGUGAGCAUGAGUGGAAAUUAUUCAGGACCUCGGGGAGGCCCAGGCUACAACGCCCAUGAGCAGAUUGCUUUUGAACAACAAAAGUAUGAACAACAGCAGGCUCGUCGGGCCAUGGAAAACCGGGCGUUCUCUCCCUAUCAACAGGGCGGUCCAACUUCCUGGGAAGGUAUGUACGAUGAAGUACCCCAGCCCAACAUCCCCACGGGACCGCAAGCCAUGAAUCGAGCUGGCAGUAUGGGACGUGGACCGACGCCGCAGCCUCAGAGUGCCGCACCAGCCAACGCUCCAACUGGGCCCAAAAAUGCUGGAAAACCUGGAGCCAAUUACCGAGGUGGAGGUCGUGGAGGCCAUCGUGGCUUUCAUCCUUAUGCUCGUGGCUAA